AUGAAAAGAUCUAAAUUGUAGUCCUCAGACAUCUUAGAUUGGUAUAAGAAGAGAUUUCCUCAAAAUGUAAAGCCAAAUUAUUUGUAUUUGCCUGAAGAAAUCAAAUAAUAAGUGAGAGCAUAAGUUAUAUUUGAGAAUUUGGAUAAGAAGAAAGAAAGUAUUGUAAAUUAGAAAGUAUUAAUAGAUAAAUUAGCAAUUGAUAAAUUAUAUGAUAUUUGUGUGAAGAGUGGAAUGAGCAUUAAUAGAAAUUAAGUGAGAAUGCUUUUUGAAAAGAUUGAUGAAGAUAAGAGCAGUAUAAAAGUAUUAUUAAAAUAGAAUGGAUUGAUUUGGAGGAAUUUCAAAAAUCAGUUCUUGAUUAAGAAGUAGGAGAAUGUUGCUAUGAAAGUGAGAAAGAACCUAGAUGAAGGAUAUCUACCAAUAUAUUAUAAGAGUCUAAUAUCGCAUUUAAGUUUUGUGUCUAAUAGAGAAGAACUGAUACAGUAGAUAAAUGAUCAGAGUAGAAACAAAAUAGAGAGAUUCGAGAGGAUUAAGGAAAUAAUGAAAUUACCAUAUGAUGACAUAGAAAAUGACAAUAACCUAUAAGUUUAAUAAGCAAGGAGGAAGUUGAGUGAAUUAAAAUAAGAUUAUGAAGGAGUUUAAAAGGUUGAUGCAGAAACAUAAGGUUUUAUUACAUCGAUGAAUCAGAGAUUAGAAGAUACCAAGAAGAAAGGAGAUGAUGAUUCAAUAUUGCUAAAAAAGCGAAUGAAAAGAAAAUCCUUACCUCACAAUAGUUCCUUGAUGUCUUUACCGAAAAUAGAUCAAAACCCUAUAAAAUGGCAUAAGAAUUUAAGUUUGAUUGAUAAUCAAGUUCGUUAAAAGAUCUUUGGUGAAGUGUAAAGUAAGAAUAACAAAAUAAAUCAAUUGCUCUCUCCAAGAAGCAAAAAGCACAAGGAUUUAGCAUAAUUAAAAAUUCAAUAAUCAAAAUUUAUAAAAAAAGCAAAAAAAUAAUUCGAUAUUCAAUUUGAUCCCACCAAUGAGAAUCAAUAAUCAAUUGAUUAUACUGGUGGCAGAAGUUUCGAAGAAGGUAUAUUAAGUUUAUUCCAAUAAUAACAAUAACAAGGUGGUUUGUGUAACUUCACUAAUAUCUCGACAAUAAAGAAUGAUAAGAAUGACAGAGAUGAAAUUUUGGAUUAAUCUGGAGAUCAUCUGCCAAAAUCUAUUUUGAGGAAAAUUUAGUAAUAUAAAAAUGUCACAAGAGAUUCUACUUAAAUCUUGUUAGACAAGUCAAUCUUAUCCAGUUAAUAAUCGAAGCAAUCUGGAAAAUUGACUCCAAUUUACUACCAAAGAAUGAUUCAUCAAACUCAUACAAAUACGGAUUCUCUAAACUCAAAUGAUAUGCCUACUCAUCCCAAAAGAAGAACAUAUUCAUAACAAGAUUUAAAAUAUUAAACUCCUCAUUUUAAACAAUCAGAAUUUCAACUUCCGUAUUUAUGAAAUUAUUUAAUGAUUAUUAUACAUUAAAUUUUGUUUUGAUUGUU